GCAGCACAUGGGAAGCAAAAGUUUUCCUCCUCCUCCUCCUCCUCCUCCUCCUCCUCCUCGUCUCUCCCCGCCGCCCGGGCCGGUCCCCCGGCGCGGUUUGCAGCUGAGGGAUGCGCUGGCGGCUCCUCUCGGACACCGGCGUUGGGCUGCGCUUCGCUCCCAAUGGCAACGAGGGAUAAAACGUCGCGGGAUCGUCCGCCGCUUCUCUGAGGGCUGGAAGGGAGCGAAGGCGAGACUUUGAUCGCGUCUUGCAGAGGGAUCUGCGAAUUUGCGGAGGAAAGGGGCUGUUGGGUAAAAAUAAUCAGAUGCUUUAGCAGCGCCGGGGAGGCAGUGGUACAUCGCUUUGCUUCGGCCCCAUCAUGGGCACUGGCAUAUGCUCGAGGAGGCAGAAGGGGCUUCUGCAGACCGGGUUUUGCCUGGUGACUGUGGCGUGUUUGGGCUCGGGAGUUUUCAUGUACAGCCACUUGCAGCAAAAGGUGCAGAACGCUGAAGCCCUGGCCCAGAAAUACAAACAGCAGCAGGAAGCGCUCUCUGCCCAGCUCCAAGUUGUGUAUGAGCACAGAUCCCGGCUAGAACGAUCCUUGCAGAAGGAGCGAGGGGAACACAAGAAGACGAAGGAAGAUUUUUUAGUGUAUAAGUUAGAAGCUCAGGAAGCUCUCAACAAGGAGAAGCAAGAUUCUAUGAACAGAUACGGGGCUCUCAGUUCCCAGCACAAGAUACUGAAGAACCAGCACGAAGAUGUCAAGAAGCAGCUGCUUGACCUACAGCUGCAGCACAACAGCUUGAAACUGGAACAUCGUAAGGCACUGGAGACCCACAGCCAGAAAUACGCCCAGCUGCAGCAGGAGAAGGACAGCGAAGUCGCAAACUUGCAGGAUACAGUCUUUAAACUCAGAGAAGAGAGCAAGCUGCUUCGGAAGGCCCACCAGGAGGUUCACUCUCAGCUCCUUAGUGCCCAGACCCAGAUGGAAGAGUUCAGGCAGCUCAAGGAAGCCCUACAGAAGAUGCCAAGCUUCAAAGGAUUAGGAGCUGGGAAGGGGCAGCAGCCAUUCCAGGCACUGAAGGAGCAGCCGGUGGCACCAGCCAACAGCCAGUUGCAGCUUGCGAGGCAGAAGGCUUUUCCAGUUAAUCAGGAGAAUCACCCUGUCGGCCCCCUGCUGGCAUCACAAGUCUCUGGGGUUCAGAAGCAGGCAGAUGGCCCUCUGCUGCAGGGCCAGAACUCGUACAGUAAUGAUGGCCUGAGGCGACAGGCUAAUGUGCUCUUUACCCAUCCAGCCCCACUGCAAGAUGCCAACUCGCUGCCAGAUGCUGUGCCAGCCUGGCCAGCAGGACGCGGGGAUGGCCACGUGAUCCGAUUCACCCGGACCAUGAACAGUCUACCGAAUGGGAACCCAGAUCUAAAGAUGGUGAUGCAUAUUCAGGUGAAAAGCCAUGAGGAAAGCCAGGCUCCUGGGUUGUCCCUCUCUGAUCCAAAACAACCCUCUGCAGCAGAAAAACCUCAGAUGCCAGACAACCACCACUCUACAGGGAGCAAACAGGUGCAAAUGCAAAGCUGGAAAGACAUAGUUAACAAAGUGAAUGCCCAGAUGGAUGAAGAACAAGUGCACAGUUAUCCAAAGAGCCUUCGUUUUGAUCCGAAGCUUGGGCAAGAGGUGCAGAAAGGCAGCCCACAGCCACCCAGUCAGAAGAGAGGGGAAGAGCAUCAAACAGCUGAUCAGAAAGGCGAGAAGGAAAGGACAGAUGAUGAGGAACUUGAAAUGGACGCGGGAGUGAUUGAGAGAGAGGAGAACUUGCAUUCUCAGAAAAAGACUGUUGUCCAGGAACCGAUGAUGCCAGAUGAUGCUGCAGAUCCUGCCCAGGAUCCUAAUAACCAAGGUGAGGAUGAGUUUGAGGAAGCUGAGCUGGAGAGACCUGACUUUGAAGAGAAGGCAGGAGGUUUGGAGAAGUUCAAGGAGCCCAGCAUUAAAGAAGAGCCUAAGGAGAAGCCGCUGAAGGAUGCUGGCAGACCUGCCAAGUCCAGGGAAGACCCGAUGGAUGACUAUCAAGAGGAUCAGGAGCAAGAAAUUGUACGACAUCAAGGAGGAUCAUGGAGGUGAGGUGGAUGACAAUGAUGACCUGGAACUUGUCCAAGACCAGAAGGACCAUGCAGGCAUACAGGGAGCUGAUGGCAAGAAGGAUGACUACUACUGAAAGAUGCUGGAGGAAAAUGGAAUAUGCUAGGAACGAGGGGACGGGACCUCCUCCUGGGAACUGGCUCCUGUACUGAACACUGCCCAGAACAGACAAAGGCAGGAGGAGAUAACUGUCUUUGCAGGCACUGAGCAGGGUGCUUGCAGGUGUGCGUUACAUCUAUGUGCGUGGGGCCGUUGCUGCCUCUCUGGUCAAUAGCACAGAAGUGCUCUCAGACUGUAGGAAUUAUUUUAUCCUGCUGCUUCUCUUAGAAGCACGUCUUGAUUUUUAUUGUGUUCUUCACCCUCUUAUUUUUCCUAUCCCCUCCCAAGCUGGAGAGUUUUGGUUUGGUUUCUUUUUUUUUUUUUUUUUUUUUAACCCCCUGGGCAGCAGAGGGGUGCCUGAACUGGUCCCGGAAUUUACUCGACUGAUUGCUAAUACAAAGGAAUCUGUCUUCAUAAAA